AUGAUCCGCAAUCACUAUAAGGUCGGGUCGUUGGCCGGCGGGUACGGCAGCGAUGAGGGCGCCGAUGGAGACUACAUCUAUAAGUAUGCGUGCGAUUGGGCCGACUGUGGCCGACGGUUCAAACGCAUAUACGAACUCCAACGCCAUUACCUGACUGUUCAUAAUUGCAAAAAGCCGUUCAAAUGCCACAAAUGCGACAAACGGUUCCAAAAGCGGAACUAUCUGUCAAAACACAAGUCUAUCUACCACUCGGGCACCGGUGCGCCGAAGAUGCCCUACCAGUGCGCGUACGAGGACUGCGGUCAGGUGUUUGACCAGCGCUUCAAACUGGUGGCGCACACUAACAGAGAACACACUCUGGAACUGCCGUUCGCGUGCGACCAGUGCUCGCGCCGAUUCUCAAUGCAGAGCUACCUGAGCCGACACAUGUCGCGCAUUCACUACCGGAAGUACCCGUGCGAGUCGUGCGGCCAAGAGUUUGACUCACGACCGGAGCUCAAUGUCCACUACACCGAUAACGCCGACCAUUUGCAGCACCCGUGCGAACAGUGCGACAAGAGGUGCGCCACACGUAACGGUCUAUUGAGGCACAUCCGGCAGCACCACCUUCAGGAGCGCGAGCACAAGUGCCCUGAGUUGGGCUGUGACGCGCAGUUCAUCACAGCGGAGAGACUGCGACAGCACGCGCUCACUCACGCGCCCGAAGCCGAGCGACGGACGCACUUGUGUGAGUGGCCGGGCUGUGACCGGGCGUUCAUUACGAGCUCAUCCCUGACCUAUCAUCGGCUGAUCCACACUGACGUCCGUGACUUCCGGUGCGAAUACCCGGACUGCGGGAAAGCGUUCCGCCAAAAGGGUUCGCUCGAUAAGCAUAAACAGAUGCAUCAGAUGGUGAAGCGCUUCUCGUGCUGUUGGCCCGCCUGUGACCAGACAUUCUCGCAGUCGUUUCAGAUAGACGUUCACGUGUGCCAACACCUCGGCCUACGGCCCUAUCGGUGCCAUUUGGACGGUUGUGACUCUCAAUACGCGAGUUCUAAUUAUUUGCGUAAACACUUAAGGGUUAAACAUUGUAUCACUGAUUAUAAGAUCAAAACCGUGACAACCGAAGCCGCCAAACAGUUCGUCACAAUCAAUAAAAUGAUUAAAUGA